GGAGAACUUACCUUUCAGAGUAAAUUUGAGCCAAAUAUAUGGACAUACAUCUCCGAAUUCUUGAGCAGUUGAUAUCCCACGUCAAGCACCUACAAUGGCCCAAAAUAUAUACGACAGCGAGGAGUUCUUCAAGGAAUAUAUCCAACUACCACGCCAGGUCAUAGGCCUUGAUGGGGCACCAGAAUGGCCUGCUCUGCGAUCCAUGCUGCCAGCAAGCCUCACUGGGGCGAAGUUCCUCGACUUGGGCUGUGGAUUUGGAUGGGUGUGCAGAUGGGCCCGAGAGAAAGGUGCUGUGCAAGUCCGGGGCGUUGAUCUCUCAGAAAAUAUGCUCGCAAAGGCACGAAAGUUCCCAGCAGAUGAAAGAAUAACAUAUCUUCGUGCCGAUCUGGACAGCCUUGAACUACCGCCAAACACGUACGACGUUGCCUUCAGUUCUCUCACCUUCCACUAUCUGAAGGAUCUUCCACGACUGGUAGCUCAAGUCUAUCAAACUCUCGUGGCUGGAGGGACCUUCGUGUUCUCUGUGGAGCAUCCGCUGUGGACUGCGCCCCGGAAUCCAAACUUCAUUGAGGAUUCGGAAGGCCAUACUGUAUGGCCUUUGGACAAAUACCUCGAUGAAGGGGAAAUACUCACGAAUUGGCUAGUCGAUGGUGUUAUAAAGCAACAUCGUACACUCGCAACCUACAUCAACAUCCUCAUUGAAGCAGGAUUCACGCUUUCUGCGAUCGAUGAGUGGGCGCCGAGUGAGGAAGAGAUGCCUGCAAACCCUGGGUGGGAAAAGUCUCGAAUUCGUCCGCCUUUUCUUUUGAUGAAAGCUUCAAAACUUGUCCUGCAGAAGGCUGGCACAUGA